AUGGCUUCUUCUCGCGGAUCAGACAUGGAGGCUCAAAGCCUCCUGGGAGGCGGCGAGCCUGCGUUGAGAAGCUGGAAAGAGAGAGUGUUCCCUGGACUUUCAUGUGACAAGUCUAUUCUGUGGAUUACCACUGCACAGAUCGUCAUGUAUGUUGUAUCGUGCGUGUUAUCGAAGAGCUAUCAGCCGAAUGAACAGACGCUCAUGCUCCUCGGGGCCGCUUACGCACCAGCUUUCAGCAAUCUACAGCUCUGGCGGGUUGUUACCCCGUUGUUCCUCCAUGCGACAAUUCUGCAUUUAGUCCUUAACUUGGUCUUUAUUCUGCAUAUCAGUCUCAGAUUGGAGGAGCGCUACGGGACAAAGAAGUUCCUGGCAACCUACUUUUUCUCCGCUAUUGUCGGAAACCUACUGUCAAUGUUGGUGCAGCCGUGGGCCUUGUCGGUGGGCGCUAGCACUGCAGGUUUCGGCGUCGUUGGCGGUCUGACGGCAGAGCUCAGUGCGGUCUGGGGCAAGCUCUCCGAAGAAUUGAAGCAAAUGUACUCCUUUGACGUUUGCCUUCUCGCUGUGUUGAUAUAUUUUCUGUCGUUUGGGCGAACAGUGGACACGUACGGCCAUCUGGGAGGGUUCUUGGCUGGCGUAGCUGUGGUAUGCUACUAUAAUAAAGAUGUAGAGGACUUACCCAAGUGGUUCAACUUCAUGUACUAUGUAUGCUCUGCUCUCUGCGCGGUUACGCUUGUUGUGUCACCCCUCGUUUUACUCCUACACUACCCGUACCGUGUGGCCUCGGCUGAGCUGUGA